GCGAUCGAGGGGGUUGGGCCGCUCGGAGCGAGCGGAGAGCUGCAUGAGUUUGUAAUGUCCGCCAUGUUGGCCAUGGCGUAUUGAACCGGGGAGGAACAGCGGAGCCUACGGAGAAAAGAGACCGACGGAGAGCGACCGAGACCCGGGCCUGCCCCGGCUCUGUUCGCGCUGCUACGGACCCGUGAGCCUGCUCUCCAUUGACCGGCUGACCGUCGCCAGAUUCAUCCAUGAGAACUCGAAGCAGACCGGCUGUUAUUCCUAGCAGAUCGAAUAGAUUUAUGCUGCAUCUUUUAAUAUAAAAAAAAAAAACAUGAGUAAAUUGUCGUUUCGGGCGCGGGCGCUGGAUGCUAGUAAGCCUCUGCCCGUCUUCCGCUGCGAGGAUUUGCCAGACCUGCAUGAAUAUGCCUCGAUCAACCGGGCGGUGCCGCAGAUGCCGACCGGCAUGGAGAAAGAGGAGGAAUCGGAGCACCAUCUCCAGCGCGCCAUCUCGGCGCAGCAGGUGUACGGCGAGAAGCGAGACAACAUGGUCAUCCCCGUCCCCGAGGCCGAGCGCAACAUCACGCACUACGAGUCCCUCUACCCCGGGGAGUUCAAGAUGCCAAAGCAGCUUAUUCACAUACAGCCUUUCAGCCUGGACACGGAGCAGCCGGACUACGACCUGGAUUCCGAGGACGAGACGUUUGUGAAUAAGCUGAAGAAGAAGAUGGAAAUCACGGCCCUGCAGUUUGAAGAAAUGAUCGACCGGCUGGAGAAAGGCAGCGGACAGCAGCUCGUCACUCUCCAGGAGGCCAAACUGCUGCUGAAGGACGACGACGAGCUGAUCAAGGAGGUGUUUGACUACUGGAGCCGCAAGAGGAAAGUCAGCAAGGGUGGCUCCCUCAUCCCCAACGUCAAGCAGGAGAAGAGGGACGGCUCCAGCACCAGCGACCCUUAUGUGGCCUUCCGCCGACGGACGGAGAAGAUGCAGACCAGGAAGAACCGAAAGAACGACGAGGCAUCGUAUGAGAAGAUGCUGAAGCUGCGCAGGGACCUGAGCCGAGCCGUCACCAUCCUGGAGAUGAUCAAGAGGCGAGAAAAGAGCAAGAGGGAACUGCUGCACCUCACGCUGGAAAUAGUGGAGAAGAGGAAUGGAAUGCCCGACUUCGGCAGUGAGGUGAUGGCCGAGGCGCUAGCACAGCGAGCUCUGGUGAAGCCGGUGUACACCAUCCCCAUCAUUCCCCCCUCCAACAGCUCCCAGUACAGACACCAGGACCACAUGGACAUGAAGGACUACAAGAAGCCGGAGAAGACGGAGGCGGUGCGAACCAAGAGGAAAUACGAAAAGAAACCCAAGAUCCCCCCCCUGUCGGCGCCUCAACAUUCGGGGCCCUCCGUGUUCAAUCCCAAGGACCUCAACCAGUACGAUUUCCCCAGCUCGGACGAGGAGCCCUUCUCACAGAUCCAUUCAGGCUCCUCUGAGGCAGAAGAGGAGAAUGACCCAGAUGGCUGCUACGCGUUCAGGAGGAAGGCCGGCUGUCAGUACUACGCUUCCCGUCCGGACCAGAGUGGCAGCUGGCCCUGGGUGGGCCCGUCAGAGGGUGGGCUCGGAGACACGCGCUUCCGCUACUGUCUGACCUCACUGAACAUGCCAAGGCGCUGCAUAGGUUUGGCACGGCGCCGCGUGGGCAGAGGGGGCAGGGUCUUGUUGGACAGAGCGCACACGGAUCUAGACGGCAUCUGCCUGGACUCGGACCCGGAGCCCGAACCGCUCACCUCACCACUUCCUCGUUCCCCGCUCCGCAGCACCAACGCCAGUACCUCAGAAACCAAUACCUCGGACCCAGCCAGCUCCGCCCACCCCCCCUCCUCCGCAUCGCCCUCCUCGUCGCCGACACCUGUGGACCUCAGCCAGAUUCUUUUGAACAUUAAAUGCUGCCGCUGGAGGCACUUCAGACCACGGACGCUAUCCCGUCACCUCUCGGGUGGAGGAGACUUGUCUCGCAGAGGAUUUAGGGAUUUCAGCCGGACUCUGUCAGGACUAACCCGAACUCUCUCUGGAGGAGCCGGCUCCCAGAACCGCACCGGUCCGGCCCCCGCCCCCGUCCACGUGUUGACGGCGGAGCAGUACCAGCAGCACCAGGAUCAGCUGGCGCUCAUGCAGAAGCAGCAGCAGCAGCAGCAGAGCCAACAGCAGCAACAAGCCAUCCCCCCGGCAGCCCCCCCUCCCAGCACGCAGGCGCUCGCGUCCAAGACGCUGGACCAGGCCAGCGCCCAGUUUGCUGCCUCGGCGCUCAUCACCACCGACCAGCUGCUGGCCUUCAAGUCCAAAGAGGAGCUGGUGCUGGCAGGCGGAGUCAACGGGGUCCUGGCAGGUGCAGGUGUUUUCAAAGGCUUGCAUCUCUCCGGCGGCAUGGCGGCCCCUCACCCGACCAACCAGUCGACGCACACCACCAACACCCUCCCCUCGGCGGCCCCCACUUUCCUCCAGCCCUCCUCCAACUCGACCACCCCGUCCCCCGCCAACGCCGUCCCCGCCUCCCUCACCUCCACCCCCAGCGCAGCGGCAGCGCUGGGGUUCCUGGGAUGCAGCGCCGCCAGCGCCCCCACCGCCACCACUCAGGUCCUCCUCGGGAACAACAUCUGUCUGAGCGUGCCGUCGGCCGGACGCCACGUCCCCCGGCCCCUCGGCAACGUGCCACCUUCUGCCUUAAAGCUGUCGGCCACCACCAACCUGCAGAUGCCCAAAGUGUCCGGAGCGUCGUCCAUGGACCUGGGCUCACGGGAUAAUCACGACGAAGACAAGCCAGCACUGAACAGUAUAGCAGACAACACAGUGGCCAUGGAGGUGACGUAGUAGCAGGGCGGAGAAGGGUCCACUCUUUAGGUGCUGUGCAUCGUAGCAUCGGGGAUGCAGAAGGGACAGCAGGACGAGGACGGACGAUUCUCAUCUCUCAUACUUUUUAAAGCUUUUUUUUUUUUUUUUUUAAGUAAAAGAUUGACAUCUGUAAAUUAUGAAUAUGGUAAAAUUAGUAUCUGUACAGUAACUACAUAUUUGUAAUACCCCCUCCCCCUUGUAUAUAUAUUACUUGAAUACAGAACUGUCCAUUUGUGAUGUUUUGCACUUGGGAGUCCAACUUACAGGAGGAAAAAAAGAGAAAGCCAUGUGACUUGUGGCGCGUGUGAGAGGUGUGCGAGUUGUACAGAGAAGAGUUUUAUCACAUGUGCAUGGUGCGGAGCCUGCUGUUUUUAUCUAUUUAUUGUGCUGUGUUUACAGUUCAUUUGUUUGGUUUUUUUUGUUUUUUAUUUGUACACUGUACCUUUUGUUGGUUCCUGUGCUGUAGUAAAUGUUAGGUAGCUACGGACUCCUGGGUAUUUUUGUAUAGUGUGAACACAAAGCAGGUCCCCCCCCCCCCCUCCCACACACACAUGUUUAUUUUGGGUCCCUGUGCUUCUCUCUGUGGAUCAUGGAAUAUGGUGAAAAUGAAUGGUGGCACACAUGCAGACCGGGAAGAGGAGGAGGAGGAGGAUGAGGUGUCCGGUGCGCCUCUUUUCCUGGGAGCUUCCGUUAACGUCGUCCCAAACACGAGUAACAAAACAGGGGUGAAGUCUCUUCCCAGAAGCCACUGCUGCUUCUGACUAAAGCACUAUUUUUUUGUGAUGGUUUUAUUUGUUCAUGAUUUUGAAAGAUAUUAAUGCUGCUUUUGUAUCGUUUGUUUUUAAAGGGGUUGUUCUUCAUAUUUCAUGCGAGCAAAGUCCCCAAAAUAUUUGUUUUUAUCCCACAAACAUUUUUGUAAAACAAAAAUUCAGUUAUUUUUGUAAUGUUUUUAUUUUUCUUGUUCUUGUGGUAAACUUGAUUGUAAGCUUUUCGUUAAUUGAAAGACUUCUUUCUUUGGUUCAUUUGUUACUUGUACUUGCAUAGGCGACAAGGGAGGUGAAUGGGCAGUAAUCGCUGUACGUGUUUCAUCAUUCCAAUUUUUAUUAACAAAAAAUGCUAAUGGGGGGGCGGAGGGGUGGUGGUGGAAAAAAAAAGUUUUCUCCUCUUCCCCUUUUUGUCUUUUAUUUUCAUUUUUUCUUUGAAAAAAUACUCUCCAGACGGCUGCAAGGCCGAAAGAACCACAAGUAUUGGGUGCCUUCCUUUGGGGAAUUCUAUGUACUCUCUUCUGUGAAGAGUUUAGGCACAAAGGCAGCAUUACUUAGUAGUGCUUCUCGUCUUUGUCACAAUCUGAAUGCCCGGUCCAAUGGCAGGAUGUAUCCUUGAGGUUUACUUGUCCCACCUGGAGGCUGCAGAGACUAAAAAAAAAAAAAAAAAUGUGACUGAACUCUCACUAAAAUAAGACAAUAAAGCCCAGGGCAUUAAAUGUGAA